CCUCACCCCCCCUCACAUGACUGCCACCUCCAGCGCGGAUCGCUCCUUCCUCUCUCUCCAUCAUCAUCACCACCACCGCGACAAACAUCGGCGCUCAUGAGCGGCAGGGACACCAGCAGGCCUACGAUGAAGGCGGCGGACGACGUGGGCGACGAGGAGGUGGAGGGCGAUGGAGGACGAGGAGGGGAGUACGAACGACAGCGGCUGAGCGGAGGCCGCCAAAGCCCCGACCUUGCCUGGAUGCGGUGCCCGGAAACGGUGGACGGAGGCGGCGGAGGUGGAGGCGGCGAGCCGCUCGAGGCCUCGCUCCCCCGGGAUGUUCACACCGUGACGGGGGUGUCCAGGCACCGCUCGCUCGCCGUGGUGAUCAUCCUCUUCUACGUCAACCUGCUCAACUACAUGGACCGCUUCACGGUGGCCGGAAUCCUUGUGCAGAUUCAAAACUACUUCUCCAUCAACAACACCAUGUCCGGAUUACUCACUACAGUGUUCAUCUGCAGCUACAUGUUGCUGGCACCGAUCUUCGGUUAUUUGGGCGAUCGUUUCAAUCGGAAGUUGAUCAUGUCGGUAGGGAUCACGGUGUGGUCCGUCACCACGCUGGGAAGCUCCUUCAUUCCAAAGGAGAACUUCUGGGCAUUCCUCCUGAUGCGGGGACUGGUGGGCAUAGGCGAGGCGAGCUACUCCACCAUCGCUCCGACAAUCAUCGCCGACCUCUACACGCGCGACAAGCGUACCCGCAUGCUCUCCAUCUUUUACUUCGCAAUCCCCGUGGGCAGCGGGCUGGGCUAUAUUCUCGGUGCAAACUUGGCGCAAUUGACGGGCAAUUGGCAGUGGGGACUGAGGGUGACCCCAGUUCUGGGCGUGUUGGCGGUGCUGCUCAUCUUUUUCGUGGUUCCCGAGCCCCCGAGGGGCGCCAUCGAGCAGGAAACGGGCGUACAUCUGUCAAGAACCAGCUGGCUCACCGACCUCAAGUCCCUGGCACGCAACCAGAGCUUACUGUGGUCGUCGCUGGGAUUCACGAGCGUGUCGUUCGUGACGGGCGCGCUCGCCCUCUGGUCGCCCGAGUUCCUGUCCUUGGCCGAGGUGGUGCAGGGCCGGCUCAGACCCUGCGUCACGGAGCCCUGUGAAGGAUACAGCCAGGUCAGCCUGAUUUUUGGAAUCCUGACGUGCGUGUCGGGCUUUAUCGGUGUGGGAGUGGGCGCCGAGAUCGCCCGUCGCUACAAGAAGUACAACGCACGCGCCGACCCGCUCGUGUGCGCCUUCGGGCUGCUGAGCUCCGCCCCGUUCCUCUUCCUGUCGCUCGUCACGGCUGAAAGCAACACGACCGUCACAUAUUUUUUCAUUUUCUGCGGGGAGACGCUGCUGUGCCUCAACUGGGCCAUCGUGGCAGACAUCCUGCUGUACGUGGUGAUACCGACAAGACGCUCCACGGCCGAGUCCGUGCAGAUCCUCAUGUCCCACCUCCUCGGAGAUGCCUUCUCCCCGUACCUCAUCGGCAAGAUCUCGGACUCAAUCAAGGGAGAUCGAGAUUCGUACCUGUGGCGGUUCUUGAGCCUGGAGUACGCGCUGCUCAUCUGCGCCUUCGUGUGCGCUUUCGGGGGCGCCUGCUUCCUCAAGACGGCCACCGUCAUCGAGCAGGACCGGGAGCGAGCGGAGAUGAUCGUCAGCGGCACGGCCACGGAGGAGGAUCUUUUGCUGCCGCAUGACGGCCGACCCAGGAGUGUGUACGUCAACGACAUCUUGAGCUAACGGACGAUCGAACCGUGCGAGGGGGAGCACACAAGGUGGAAAACUAUGGGCACCCAGGUGCCAGAGUUUGGGGGGGACUCAAAACCAAGGCAAUUUGUACAGAGACUGCAUUAUUGUUGUUUGCGACGGUGUUACCAAGAUGUUUUUUUCUCUUUUCCUCCAUCAUCUCUUUGCAUCAUUAUCGGUUGUACAACAUUUCAAACAUGCAAGUGCAAUUUGUAAAUGUGUUUUUUUUUUUUUACAAAGCACAACACUCCUUAAAAAGGGUGAGGUUCUUAGUAAGUAAAUAGGAUUUACGCAAGACUCCAUUAACUACUAUUACGGGUCACCGUUUGACGCGUUUAAUGUGAAGCUUGACAUUGUGAUGGCAGGUGAGAGUGGCUCUUAACAGCAUUAAGUAUAUCACCGCGUACUUGAUGCCCCAUACUGCCAACUUGGAGCAUUUUUUGCUCAAGGAUUUGCUUAAUUCACUGCAAUACUAAAAUUGUGUUUACAAAUUUAAAAAAGUGGAAUUUUAAAUUACCACGUGAAAUAAUGGCCGGUCUACUUUUACCGGGAGAUUUUUACGAGAUUAUUUUUUUUGGCACCAUGCCAAUUCCGACCUCUUCAACGCUCACGCGUGCACUAAAGGUGCACACGUGAUCCAUCAGUAGCAGAGCAUUAGGGGACGAGUUAAUUCUGCGUUCAAAAGAUGUCAAGUUGACGUUAACCCCAGUGGCAAGCUGCUUUGCUCGUGAAAAAACGACCUUUGUAGGUGCAGGCACAUCACGACAACGAUUAUCGCUCUGGGGGAAAAGGAAACAUCUGCCAUGCAGCCAGGAAUAAAAUCAUCUAGUGGAUAAGCUAGCAUGUCAAACUGUACCGAUGAGUACUUUUACAGGAUUUUAAAAAGGGCCUGCAGAUUUAACUGUGCACUAGUAGACAAACGGUUUUAAUGUUAGCAUGUUAAGUUUUCAACUUUUUUCCCCCUCCCAACCAUUAAAUGUUGCCCAAGUUGCCAUUAAAUUGCAUUGGGCCAGGUGUAGCAACAACGGUAACGCAAUGGAUUUGCGCAGAGCUUUAAUUAUACGGUCUUUACCGCAGUCGCUAACGAAGGAAAGGUAAGGUUACCCAUUGCUGGAAACGCUCCAGGUAAGAUGCUGUAAUCACCAGUUUCCUUGCAGGGUUCACCAUACAUUGGAGCUUCACUACAUUUCAACGCAUUUCCUGAAUCCAUUGCCAGUGCCUUGAAAGACAGGCAAACAGGCUACCCCGAUUGCAAUAAUAUUUGGCAUUUGUAAGGAUGUUGCCAAGUUUAUUGACUUUAAUAUGUACAAUGACUUGUUUUUUUUAUGUCAAGGUGUUAUUGGUUUGAAUGUAUCACUGUAAAUAAACUUGCAAGAACCUGUCAAAGUGA